AUGGAGCAAGGAGACGAGGCGUCGUCAGUGAACAAGGAGAGCCCAGAGCAGCAGCUUACCAGGGACGACGGCGCGACGUGGCUGAACCUCACGCUGGGCGCGAGCGAAUCGCCCUCGCCGGACGCCGCGGCGGCAGCCCUCGGACGCGAGCUGCUCCGCCGAGUACGGGUCCGGGUCCGGGCGCUGGGCGGGCACCAGAACGCGCACAAGCGGGAGCGCAGCGCCGCCAAGCGGUCCUACCACGCGCAGCGGAUGAUCGUGGGCCUGCCGCUGCACGCGCACGCCGCGCUCAUGCACUCGCUCCGGGUCAACCCGGCCUCGUCGGCGAUCCACAAGGCGGCGGCGAGCCAGCAGGCGGCGCCGAUCAGAACGGCGGCGAGGUUCCUCGAGGACAGCGGCGUGGCCGCGGCCUGGGGCACGAUCGCCUGCGAGGAAGCGCCCAAUUCGGCGUGGCCUGGGAGCUUCAGGCUGAGAGCACAGCACACAGAGCAUGAGCAAGCGUCUGAACAGAGUAAGAUCGACUUGAACCUCAGGCUCUGA